UGUCUUCAAGUUGUAUUUCUUCAGUCUCUGGAUUUUACUUGUAGUCUUUCACUCCACGCUAAGCUGUACACUCCGUCUCGUUGCUCAUUAUUUUGGCACUUUUUGUAAAACAACAAAGUUAACAUAUAUUCAGCGCUGGCAGAUAGACUAUUCAGUUAUACAGAUUGUGUGUUAAAUUGUUAAAGAAUUCGUCGUGCAAACAGGUGAAAGUUCCCAACUUUGAUCGAAUCGCAUUACUUACCAGUCAUUAAUCACUAGUCAAGAGUAGACGCUCCUACCACUGCACACUACUCCAAUUUUCUCAUUUUGCAAUCAGCUACAACUCCAUUUCAGAAAUGUGGCCCGAAAAUGUUGGUAUACGCGCCAUCGAGGUGCUCUUUCCCUCCCAGUAUGUGGACCAAACAGAGUUGGAACAAUUUGAUGGCGCUUCAGCUGGUAAAUAUACCAUCGGUUUGGGUCAGACCAAAAUGGGCUUUUGCUCGGAUCGCGAAGAUGUCAACUCACUGUGUCUCACUGUUGUCACGCGCCUGCUAGAGCGACAUCAAAUCAAGCCGCAAGAAAUUGGACGUCUUGAAGUUGGCACAGAAACCAUAGUCGAUAAAUCGAAAUCCGUGAAAUCAGUGCUGAUGCAGCUAUUUGCCGACUCGGGCAACACAGAUAUCGAGGGCAUCGACACAACGAACGCUUGCUACGGCGGCACCGCUGCGCUCUUCAACUCAAUCAACUGGAUAGAAUCUUCCAGUUGGGAUGGUCGUUAUGCUCUAGCCGUUUGUGCAGAUAUCGCUGUGUAUGCAAAGGGUGCUGCACGUCCUACUGGUGGCGCCGGCGCCAUUGCCAUGUUGGUGGGAACCAAUGCGCCGCUCGUUUUCGAACGUGGUUUGCGUGCCACACAUAUGGAGCACGCCUACGACUUUUACAAACCUGAUUUAAGUUCCGAGUAUCCCGUAGUAGACGGUAAAUUGUCGAUACAAUGCUAUCUCUCCGCGCUGGACACGUGCUAUCAGUUGUAUCGUAAGAAGUUCGCAAAGAAGUAUCCAAAUGCGACGGAAGUUGGUUUGGACAACUUCGAUGCGCUACUCUUCCACACGCCCUUCUGCAAAUUGGUACAAAAAUCAGUAGCACGUGCAGUCUUCAAUGACUUCUUACUAUGCAGCGCCGAUAAGCGCGCACUGAAAUAUCCCGGUUUGGAGCGUUUCAACGAAGCCACGCUGGCUAGUACCUACUUCGAUCGUGACGUCGAAAAGACAUUUAUGACACAAUUCGCCCAUGUUUUCGAAGCAAAAACGCGCAAAUCACUGCUGCUCGCCACUGAGGUGGGCAAUAUGUACACACCAUCGGUUUACUCUGGUCUCGUUUCGUUGCUGGUCAACAACGCGCCUGAGCAACUGGUGGGCAAACGUAUUGGCGUCUUUUCCUAUGGCUCCGGCUUAGCCGCCUCAAUGUACUCAAUUUUGGUGACAAAAGAUGACAAAGUCUUCCAGCAAUUCGUAGCCAAAUUGGAUUACGUUUUGCCGCUGUUAAAUGCGCGCGAGAAAGUGGCACCUGAACUGUUCUCACAGCUAAUGGAAGUGCGUGAGAAAAACAAUCAUGCGGCGCCAUACACGCCGAGUGGUAGUGUGAGCGCGCUAUUUCCCGGCACCUAUUACCUCAAGGAAGUGGAUGACAAGCACCGACGCACUUACGAACGCACGCUUACCAUUGCGAAUGGAGUGCAUUAAUAGCAGGUUUAUAUGGAGGUGGAGGGUGAGUUGUAGGGAUUCCAAGCAUGGUCGUGGGUAUGGGUGCAAUGGCGCAUCCAAGCAGCAGGUGUGAGAAAUGGUGCUACAAUGUGUAUGUGGGAAACAUGCGCGCCAAAGGCAGUGCUUUAACUUAGCAUUAAUUAAGCGAUUUACACAUACACACAUACAUAUAUUUCAUUUAAGAAAUUCGAUGUGCAAUUGCAAUUAAGGUCAUGCAUACAUAUGUACGUUAUUUUAUAUUGAUAUUUACAAAAAUUUGACAAUAAUAAUUUAUUUACUAUAAUAUUGCAUACAUAUGCAGCGAAAUGCGUAUGAAGAUAUACAUGAAUGCGAUAAGCAAUUGCGCCAACUAAACGUUGCUAACUGAAAUGGCUUAACUAAAAACAAAAAAAAACAAAAGAAAAGAAAUAAAAGAAAACAAAAACAAUAGGGGCCGCGUGCCGGCGCACUCACAAAGACUUCAGCUAAUUUAAGUGAGUGCGGCAAGGAAGAAAUAAUCUAUGCAAACGAUUGAAUCAGCUUUUCCUUUGUACAGGCCUUAUUAUUUGACUGCAAUAGGAAUUGGUUUUGUUCUUAGCGUUCAUGUAAACAUACUAAGCACAUUUGUUUAAAAUUAAAUAUUCAAGCUUUUCACUGUUAAGUAGUUUAACCUUCCUUCGGCGCCCGCUUCAACCUGAUAAUAAAUCGAAUGUAAAUUUUAUAAAAAUGGAAAACAAGCAGAGAUAAAAACCCAGCAGUUGUGCUUACGCUUAACAGCGGAUAAAUGUCUUAUGUCAAGAACCAUUUAGCUUUACAUGUAUGUGAAAAUGUCAACGUAUUAAAUAUAUUUAAAAAAAUGUGUGGAGAAUCUAUAGAAAUAGGUUAAAGUGAAACCCUUAAACCAAGAGCAGGCAUAUUUAACUGGUCAUUUGUGAAUAUGUAACUUAUUACUAAAAUGCACAGAGGCUCUUACAGUAUUUUGUGCGAAAAAACUUUAUUUACAACGUCUGAUAGUCUGUAAUAAGAAAAUGCCAAAAAUAAAGGCUUUACAGCUAAUAUAAAAUUGCUCUUGUUAACAUUUUUUCUUUUUUCGUUUUUGCUACUCCCGUAAAAUAUCAGAAGUCGUAGGGCCUUUGUGCAUUUUGGCUACCAUAUAUAAUAUAUCUAAAAACAAACGAUUGUUUGAAACCUGUAAAUGACUAAUUUAUGAGACACUCGAACAAGCGAAACAGGUGAAUGCCUAAUCAAACGAACUUUGGAAAUUUUAUACCAAUUUUUUAUAAAUGCAUAUAAAGAAAUUGUAUGAUAAGAUUAAGAAAAAUCGUUUACGUACGGUUAGGCUGCUGAUCUAUGGCACUUUAAUAAAAUUAGUGCAACCCGCUCUAAUCUAAUGAAUGAUUUACUGUAUCUACCAAUUAACUGCUGACAAAUAUCAAUCAUUAAGGAAUCCAUUUAGUAUCAAAUUAUUAUAUGUAGCUAAAAAACCGAAAAUAAAUAAAUUUUGUAACUAAAUAACUAGGAAUAUGUAAUAAUUUUUAUUAUCACUAUCUAUGCAGCACAUAUAAUGAAAAAAAUAUUGCAUGCACCUAUAAGAGGCAUAUGGUUUUUAACGCUCAUUGUUCGUAAAUAUAGUGUGGGAAACUUGAUGGAAUUUUUAGUAUAAGUUGAAGAAAAAAAAUAAAUCAAACAAACAAAAGCAAAGGAAUUGUACUAAGAAAUAAAUGUUACAACAGUAAAAUCAAAAGUUAUAA